UAUUUAAGGGAACCUCUUAAUUGUUGGUAUGCAUCCCUUUAACUUGAUUAUCUCCUUUUCAAGUGCUCAAUUUGGGGCUUGCAAUACUUGCUUUGUGGUCACUUGGGUUCCUUCUCCUUUACAAUGGCAUCCUUACCACUACACUUGAUGGGCCUCUCUCUCUUCAUUUUAGGGGCACUUGUGGUGUGCUCUAAUGGAGGAAAGAUUUCCAUCUAUUGGGGUCAAAAUGGCAAUGAGGGUACCCUAGCUGAAACAUGUGCAACAGGGAACUAUGGCUUUGUGAACAUAGCCUUCUUGUGCACAUUUGGCAAUGGCCUGACCCCUCAAAUCAACCUAGCAGGCCAUUGUGAUCCCUACUCUAAUGGCUGCACUGGGCUUAGUGAUGACAUAAGGUCUUGCCAAGAAAGUGGUGUCAAAGUUAUGUUGUCGAUUGGUGGUGGUGCCGGAAGCUACUAUUUGUCCUCUGCAGAGGACGCGAGCCAAGUGGCUCAGUAUCUGUGGGACAAUUUCUUAGGUGGCACCUCUUCGUCUCGGCCACUAGGUGAUGCAGUGCUUGAUGGCAUUGAUUUUGACAUAGAAGGUGGGACCCCUGACCACUGGGAUGACCUGGCUCGGGAUCUUACUAGUUUUAGUAGUCGUGGAAAGAGAGUGUAUUUAACGGCCGCACCUCAAUGCCCGUUUCCGGAUGCAUGGGUCGGGGGUGCCCUAAAUACUGGCUUGUUUGAUUAUGUUUGGGUGCAAUUCUAUAACAAUCCUCCGUGCCAGUAUUCUUCUGGAGAGGUUACAAAUCUACAAGAAGCUUGGGAUCAGUGGACCACUGCGAUCAAUACGACAAACGUCUUUUUGGGACUGCCGGCAGCCCCAGAAGCUGCCGGAAGCGGCUUCAUCCCCAGUGACAUCUUGACCUCUCAGGUGCUUCCUUUGUUGAAGCACUCUGAAAGGUAUGGAGGAGUUAUGUUGUGGUCCAAGUACUAUGACGAUCGGAGUGGCUAUAGCUCCUCCAUCAAACAUGAUGUUUGA